AUGAUCACGAACACCAUCAGGGUUCAAUACGGACCACCUUCCCGAUACACGCUCAUAUAUUCCAAGCCAUACACUAGGAGGAUAGACAACCUGUGGAUGUUGACGAGAUAUCAACCUCCCAAAUUCCAACAAUUCAAUGGAAAAGGCAACCCAAAACAACACGUUGCACACUUUGUCGAAACAUGCAACAAUGCUGGGACGGAGGGUGACCACUUGGUGAAACAAUUUGUUCGUUCAUUGAAAGGAAAUGCAUUUGAUUGGUAUGUAGACUUAGAGUUCGAGUCCCUUGAUAGUUAG